UUCUCGCCCCUCCCCACGGGGCGCGUGCGCAGAGGAGGGAAAGCGGCGCCGCCAGGCGGCGGCGAGCCCUCCAGUCCUCCGGCCCGCCGGGGGGCGCCGUGGGGGAGGAAAGUACGAGCGAGCCGCAGCCCCGGCCGCGCCGUUCAGCCCGCGCGCAGCCGCCGCUCGGUUCUGCCUCCGCCUCGCGGGAGCCGCCCGAAGGCCCGAACGCCCCUACCCAGCCCCGCGCGGCGCAGCGCCCGCCGCCAUGCCCAAGAAUAAAGGUAAAGGAGGUAAAAACAGACGACGAGGUAAGAAUGAGAACGAGUCAGAAAAAAGAGAGCUGGUGUUCAAGGAAGACGGGCAAGAAUAUGCCCAGGUGAUCAAGAUGUUAGGCAAUGGAAGACUGGAGGCAUUGUGUUUUGACGGUGUGAAGAGGUUAUGUCAUAUCAGAGGGAAACUAAGAAAAAAGGUUUGGAUAAAUACUUCUGAUAUUAUAUUGGUUGGCUUACGAGACUACCAGGAUAACAAAGCUGAUGUUAUUCUAAAGUAUAAUGCAGAUGAAGCCAGAAGUCUGAAAGCAUAUGGGGAGCUUCCAGAACAUGCUAAAAUCAAUGAAACAGACACAUUUGGUCCCGGAGAUGAUGAUGAAAUCCAGUUUGAUGAUAUUGGAGAUGAUGAUGAAGAUAUUGAUGAUAUCUAAUUUGGAACAGAGGUUUACAUUCCAACUUUCUUCCUCCAAGGAUUGUUCUACAUUGAUAUUUUGAUUAUUUUUUGGGUGAAGUACCUUUCUUUUAAGAAGACUGAAAAUUCUUGGCUGGCUCUCAUCUUCAGGGCAAUCAAAUGUGCCUGGGAAAGCUGCACCCCCAGAUGGUGAUGUUGGUUGUUCAUAUCCAUGGAAAUGCAGACCUGAAAACGUUUUUGGGAGGAGAGAGCAAGAGGAACACCACAAUUCUCAUGUUUCAUGGACUGCCUGUGAAGCAUUUUUGAAAAAAUUACAACUCUGUGGUUUUGAAACUGAUUUUGUUAGUAGCCAUCAACUUAGUUGUCAGAAGAGAUGAGAUCCAGACUGUCACUUCCUGAGAUGAAUAAACAGCCUUCUACGAGGAGACCACUUU